AUGUGCGAAGCAUCGAGGUGUUUCGUCGGUUCUCGACUACAGGGCGUUUUCAUUGGUAUGGUCAAGGGAUCUAGAGUUGGCGAUGCUGUUCCGAUUGCAGAAAGUCGUUUGGUAUCUGCAUUCAUAUGGCCAGAAACUUGGAGCGCCAAGAAAUUCCAUGAGAAUUUUGCGGGCAGCAAUUUGCAAAUAGAUACCAGCUAUGCCAUCCGAACCCCAACAUACGACGGACCCAUAAACGACGUAACAACUGAAUACGUCGCCUGCAAUGGUGGACCCAAUCCCACCACUCCUUCCUCAAAUAUCAUAAAUGUUGUUGCCGGUAGCACCGUAAACGCCAUCUGGCGCCACACCCUCGAUAGUACUCCUGCAAACGACGCAACAUAUGUUCUCGACCCAUCUCAUCUCGGCCCCGUCAUAGCCUAUAUGAAAAAAGUAGACGACGCAACCACCGACGUUGGCUACGGACCUGGCUGGUUCAAAAUAUCCGAGCAAGGACUCAACGUAGCCACACAAAAAUGGGCAACAACAGAUCUCAUAAACAAUGCAGGCGUACAGCCUAUCGCUAUACCAAGUUGCAUAGCCAACGGCCAAUAUCUCCUACGAGCAGAAUUGAUCGCGCUCCACUCAGCAGGAGGCAGUCUAGGCGCACAAUUAUACAUGGAAUGCGCACAAAUCAACGUAUCUGGCGGCACCGGAACCGCAACUCCAAGCACCGUAUCCUUCCCCGGCGCGUACGGACAGAGCGAUCCCGGAAUCCUGAUCAACAUCUAUCAAACGCUCACCACGUAUACAAUUCCCGGUCCUACGCCAUUUGUCUGUGGUGCCGCGCAGAGCACGGCGAAGAGUUCGUCUACUUCUGCUGCUGCUUCCACUGCGAAACCAACGUCGUCGUCGACGCUGAGUACGAGCACGGUUACGAAAACGAGUAGUGGUGCGGUGGCGACGGGGACGGGGACCGCGGCGGUUUAUGCGCAGUGUGGGGGCCAGGGGUGGACGGGUGCGACGGCUUGUGCGAGCGGGAGUAAGUGUGUUGUCAAUGUUUGCCUUCGUGAUGGAGAAUACGGAGAAUAUGUCGUUGCAUGUGUUAGUGACGGAGAUAUUGGUUUGUUGUGGGAUAGUAGGAGGAGAUAG